UGAAAAUGGAUUUUGCAGACAAGAACGCACUGAUCACUGGUGGCGCAGGUGGAAUCGGGUUUCAAUCUGCUAAAGAACUUUUGCGUAAUGGAGUUAAACACGUCGCCAUUCUGGAUCUGGUGUCAUCUCCAGGUGAGAAAUUGGCAGAUAAAUUAAACUCAGAAUUUGGAAAAGGACGGGCAAUCUUCGUUAGCUGUGACGUUACGAAAGCCAAUGAACUCGAAGCCGCAUUCGCGAAGACCGUAAAUGAGUUCGGUGGCCUCGAUAUCGUGCUCAACAACGCUGGUAUACUCAACGAAUCAAAAUGGGAAUUAACGAUCGAAAUAAAUCUAAUCGCAGUAAUGCGGGGUACUAUGCUGGCUCUGCAAUACAUGGGAAAGGACAAGGGAGGAAAGGGUGGUGUAAUCGUCAACACCUCUUCAACCUACGGCGUCGAUCCUGUCGCCUGGUCACCAGCUUACGCCGCGGCCAAAGCCGGUGUUGUAGGCCUGAGUCGAUCUUACGGACUAUCAUAUCACUACGAUAAGACGGGCGUCAGGGUCAUCACAAUGUGUCCGUCAUUCACGGAGACCAAGUUGUUGUGUGAAGCUGACGAUCACCGUCUGUUGCUGUUCGAGGAAGCGCAGGCUGCUUUGAAUGAAAUCAAUAACGGCCUAAUGCAGAAGCCAGAGGACGUUGCAAAGGCGUUCGUUCACGUUAUUCAAAACGGAAAGAGUGGCAGUAUCUGGCUCGCCGAGGGUGGAGACCCGGUUCGUGAAUUUAAACCGACAAGCAUCUUCGACAGAGCAGCACUGGUUUAAUAUUUUCACGUAGAAAUGCGUGGAAAUCUGUUUUUUCCCUUCAUUACC